UUGCGUGGGAAAAAUGCUGGUAAACCACAAAAGGGGCCUCUAGCAGAUGCCAAACGAUCAACAAAGAAUCAUGUCCGCCAGUUUGUCUCCAGAUCCCGGGCCAGGAUUGAACGAGCUGAAAUUCAGAAACGUGACGAACUAUUCAAGAAAAACGAUCGCCGGCGUUUCAAGGCAUCCAAGCAUCCUUCAUCAUGCAAAAUGCUGCAUGUUGAUGGAAACAGAAUCACAGAUGGUCAGGACAUAGCAAAUCACUCCAUGUCAUUCUUCUCUUCUCUUGCCAGUUCAAACACCUCCUCAUCAACCCUACUCACUGUGGCAUCCAAUGUCCCACAGCUGGAAGAAAAGUAUUUCGGCCACUCAGAUCAAGUCAUUGAUGAUGACAUCGACAUCGAAGAAACUAAAUCAGGAGGCCUGGAUGGCCUGAAGGUGGAGCACUUCAAGUAUGGUGGCGAGCACCUGAAGUUGUGGCUCAAGAAGAUAUUCAAUCGUAUCCUUGCUCUGGAAGAUAUACCUCAGUGCAUGAAGGACGGGUUGGUAAUCGCAGUCUACAAAAGGCAAGGGGAAAAAUCGUUUACUAUUAAACAGCUACCAAGGAAUUACCAUCUCUCCCGUCUUGUGCAAGAUCUUCGAAACAAUCCUACUGCAGCGACUUUCUCCAAUCCUGCAUGA